AUGGCUGCCAAAUACGUCGAUAUUGAUGAACAACACUCUACACAACGUUUUUCUGAUAUAGUGGGAGAGCCUUGUCGAAUGUUGAUGCCUAUUGAAGGCUAUGAGAAAAAGCCUCUUGUUUCACUCGAAGAGGCUGUAGAACCCAUCGUUGAAUAUGUACCUGAUGUGCGACGAAAGGUCUACGUUGCAAAAGUGAAAUGUGCAGAGCUUUCACCAGGAAAACUAUCUAUUGAUGAAGCAGCCUCGAUUACUCUCUACACAAUGGAAUGGGAGCCGCAAGACGAGUGUCUUUAUCAUGUUUUAAAUAAAACUUUACGAAAUGAAAAUCGGAAAACAUUGAAACCUUGGUUUCUUUUCCUCCGAUUACUUCUUACUGCAUUGGCUCAACUGCCGUCUAUUUCUGCGACGGUUUAUCGCGGUGUUAAACAGGACAUGAGCAAAGAAUAUGCAGUAGGCAAGACAUUUGUUUGGUGGGGAUUCAGCUCUUGUACAACGAAGAUUCAGGUACUGGAUAAUAAACAAUUUAUGGGUGCAACAGGUCAAAGAACUUUCUUCACAAUUGAAUGUGAUAGUGGCAAAAAUAUUCAAAAAUACUCCUGCUAUAAAGCUGAACACGAAAUUCUUCUUCCAGCUGCACGACAAUUUCGAGUCGAAGGAUGUCUAAAACAAGGUAAACAUUUUUAUAUGAUACAACUCAAAGAAAUUCAACCGCCAUUUCCUCUGAUUGAACUUGUACCAUUGACGUCAACCGUAAAAGUUCCACCUCCAGCAAACCCAAUUCCUCAGUAA